AUGGAAACAGAAGAAACAGCCCAGACCACCGAGUUUGUUUCUUUCAGCGGAAAUGUACGCAGCGUUAUCAACGAUAGCGUUAGAAAGUCAGACGUUUCGGAUAUACCUAUCAUUUCACUAAGUCAGCCCCGACAUCAGGUCGUACAGCAGAUCCGUGAUGCAUGCACACGAAUAGGAUUUUUCUAUAUUACCGACCACGAAGUUCCUCAACAGUAUAUUGAUAAGUUGUUAUCAGCAGCAGAGAAGUUCUUUCACGCUCCCGGACAUGUUCGAGAGGAAAUACAUUUUUCCAAGUCCAAACACUUUCGGGGCUACGAAAGAUGUGGUGAUAACAAUACUGAAACCGGCAAGAACCCUGAUUUGAAUGAACAGUUUAGUUGGGGCUAUGAUGCUACUUUAGACCCCAUUAAACCCUCAAUAGGAUUCGACAAUAAUUCAAAACAGGAUAAGAAUAUCAUGAUUGGUGAUAACGUGUGGCCCACACAGGUUCCGGAGUUGAAGCCGGCUGUGAAGGACUACUAUGGAAGUGUGUUGAUGUUGGCUAGAAAGCUUAUAAAGCUUUUCGCUUUGGCUUUAAGCUUGCCAGAAACCUAUUUUGACCCCAUGUUCAUGAGUCCCGGCGCUAUGGGGAGAAUCUUACAUUAUUUCCCACAGAACCCAGCUGUUGAAGACACAUUAGGCCUUGGAGCUCAUACAGACAUCGAGUGUUUCACUAUUUUAUACCAGGGAAAUGUUCCUGCUUUACAGGUGUUGAACAGUUCCGGAGAAUGGAUAGAGGCUACUCCUGUGGAAAAUACCUUUGUCAUCAAUAUCGGGGAUAUGUUGGCCCGGUGGUCUAAUGAUGUGUUUAUCUCUACCGUGCAUCGCGUUCUUAACGUCACAGGAAAAGAACGAUACUCGAUUCCAGUGUUCGUGGGAACUGAGUAUUCCACGAUCAUCGAACCUUUAGCUACAUGUGUUGGUCCAGAAGGUCCAAAGUACAAGCCAAUCAAGGCUGGGGAUUAUGUGUAUAAAAGACUUGCAUUUAGCAGGUUGGGACGAGAAGAGUACGAACAAAAGAUCAAAGAGCUUGGGUAA